AUAAAAUGUGGAGUAGAUUUAUAGUCAAAAGACAUUCUAAGAGACUUUUCUCAACCUUUUCUAAAAUCCAGGGCAACUCUAUUAGACUGAGUAAUACUCAUCCGACCAGGAUGAAGGUGCCUAUAGGCGGAGGUCAGACAAUCGACGCUUCUGUUGAAGACGGCUUGAAACAAGUUAAGGUUUUGAGUGAUGAUAAUGAAGACAUUAAUGAACUUCUUAAGAAAAGAUUUGACAUUAGCGUUGAAGGUGAGGUGUACCAUGUCCAUCCUGAUAUCUCAACUAUGGUUACUCUCAAGAAUAAAGAGAAAAUUGAUGAGAUCCUAGGGGAUAAUCAAUACACAGGAGUAAGGAGAGUGCUUGUUUCAAUGUUCCUUGAUCAUCUCCUCACCGAUCUUCCUGAUAAGGAACUAAGCAAGCUUGAUAUCAAACUUGCUAUUGAUAAAGCAAAGAAGACCUACAAUUCAGAGAAGAAAGAUGAAAUGCUAGCAAAUAUAAGAGAAGAGCUACUUAAGAUUGAUGAGGAGCUUCAUGAAACUUAUUAUCCCAUGAAGAAGAAAUGUGAAAGCAGAGCCGCAAGCUUUGCAAGCAAAAUGAUUAUGUUUGGAGUAACAAUGGCAGCAGGCCAAGUCGGUGGAUUUGCAUAUCUUAUCUAUGGAGUUUAUGGAUGGGAUGAUAUCGAGCCCGUAACAUAUCUAGUUGGUGCAUUCUAUACCUGGAUAUCAAUGGUAUUUUGGUUCAGGUACAAAGAAGACUGGGAAUGGUCAAGUGCAUAUGGAGCUUUCUAUCAAAGAAAGCUAGCUAGACUGCUCAAGUCCAAAUCCUAUAAUGAAGAAAGAGUAAAAUUCCUUGAGAAUUACAGAAGUACUCUCAAAAGACAACUUGCGCUACUCCAGUCAUAAAGCUAAAAUUUCAAGAUUAAAUUCAA